UGUUGCCAUGACAACACUGCGUUGUAGCAUUAUCGCAUGGUCAGUUUGUGAAUUAAGUCAUUUGUUAGAUUAAUUUUGCCAUUUCCUUACCCCGUUUUGUCUUGUUCUUUCAGUGAGGUGUAUGUGGCAGUGCAGACAUUGUGACACGAGAGAGAACUAGGUCUUGACAAUGACCCUGCCAGUAAGACUGAGGAUCAUCCUGGGUGAAAAUGAUGCCAGGAAGUUACAUUUGCCCGCUGGGUUACCAGACUCCAUCGAAGAACUGUGCCAGACAAUAAAGACAAGUUUAGGAUUGCAGAAAGAUUUUCGACUUCAGUACCAAGAUGCUGAUUUUGGAAAUGAAUUUGUUAACCUGUCAGUGAUCUCAGAAAUACAGGACAAAGCAACUAUAAAGGUGGUCUUCCUACAAAAUUCUACAGAUGAUGCAAUGAUAGGUCGGUCUCCAGCAGUCCAAACUCCUUUGGAUUCGUCAUCGCUCUCCUCUGAUGCGGAUGAUACAGAGCCUGCUUCAUCUUCAGGUUCAUCGCCAUCUACAAGGCAUUGGGUUUGGCCAAGCAUCUUCUCCAUCCCUACCUUCAACUAUGAAGCUGAACUCCAACUUGAAAAGGCCAAUGCUGAGAACUGUACUGAUGGAACUUGUUUGAACCCCUCACCGAAACUGAAAUCUCACAUUCUGGAACGUCUGUCUGAAGAAAUCGUUAAGUUUAAAGCCUACCCCAAUGACAGUGACCUGAAUGACGUUGCUGAGGCUCUUGUGAAAAAGCACCCUUGUCUGUGGGAACAGGGGUCCUUCAACGGCUGUUAUGGUUGGAAGAUCAGCCUUAAGUAUAAAAUGGCCAACCUCCGAAGCAAACUAAGGGGGCUGGGAUGUGCCGAGGUAAUGCUUAAUUCACUGAAGAGCAAGAACCAAGAUAAAUCUCUGGCAGCAUUGAAUGUCAAAAAGCCAAGAAGGGCAGAAGUCAAUUACUGUCCAGAACACCCAAAAGGAGAAACCACCGAGAGUCUUGAAGAAGAGAGAAUUGCACUGCUUUCUGAGUACAUGAAAAAAGACAAUUGGCAUACAGUGACAGCAAAAAUGGACAAGACUUUCUCAUACAGGAGGCAAGAAGUUCUGCAAGGACAACCCUUCGUUGCAGACUUCAAAAGCAGAUGGCCAGCUCUUUUCAAUGAGAAAGAGAUCGAUAAUGAAUUCAAGCGCAUAUCAACUGUGCCUCUGCUUUCGACAUUCUUCGCUGCACUUGACCAGUACUCUCCCCAUCUGAUAGAGAUCUUUAGACAUAAAGGUGGAGCAGGUGGAAGGAAGAUCCAACAUGUCAUGAUGGACAUUUCCAAGGAUGACACAAUACACACUAGACGAACAUGCGUCCUCAAGUCCUUGUGCAUCUACCUGAAUGAAGACCACGAAAAACUUGUGAAGGAAUACAAGAACACAGACACAGAGGCCACUGCGUCCAUGGGGCAAACUGUUCUGGGAGUUUAUGUAAUCCGGAAGGAAGGAGUGGAGCUGAGACAUGAAGACCCAGAAGACAUCGGUGUCCUGAUUGAAGGUGUGGAAGUUCUUAACAACCUGCAGAGCAUUGGAAUUGCUUGUGCUUUGUUGUUUGGACUUACAUACUGUUUGAAUCUGAGCUACCCGUCAAAGCUCAAAUGCACCUUUGAAGUCCUGCAAAAGAUAUUCCUCGAUCUUGAUGGGCAGAGACUGUCUUCCAAGGCACAGUUCCUCAAGAACAAGCUUAUGAGCAAAUAAGCUUGAGGAAGACUACAAUAAGUCUGAAGGGAGGAUUUUGUUUACUUUUGAGAGUUCAAAUUUAGGUGUUAUGAUGAUGUGUUAUGAUGUUAUGUUAUGACAAUUUAUAGUUUGCUCAGUGGAGUGAGAACAAGAGAGUCUCCAAAGUUAAAAUGUCUCCUAUAUUUAAAUGUUGCUGGAACAGAUAGAGUUGUAUCUUUACUACUGAUUUUAUUACAUAAAGUGUUGCUAAAGAAGUUUCACCCUUUGGCUGAAAAAUGUUUAAGAAGCCACUACAAUGGUUAUAGAUUCCUGUGCUGUCGGUGACUUUACAGAGAUUUUAUUUUGUAUUGUACAGUUUAUUCACAUAACAGUCACAAAUGUUUUUUUCUUUGCCAUGCCUGCCUUGUGUAAAUUUUACAAGAUUUGAAAUAUAUAUAUAUAUAUAUUUUAUUUUCUAUUCUGCACAUAUCUUAUUUUCCAGUUGUUUUUAUUUAGGGACCAAAGGAUGAGAUUUAUGUCUUUAAUGGCAUUUCUUUUUGUUGUAGUUUAGAAUUUGGUCAACUAGAAUGUUUCAACGGUGGAUUUGGCACUGUGUUGUAUGUUAAAUAAAUGUUAAACACAAAUGUUUGAAUAAAAUGUGAAUUAAUUUUUUCAGUCUUUUAUUUUGUAAUGCUGGUUAAUUAAUACAUACUAGUACGAACAAUGAACACAAAUCUAAUUGAACCAGUAAGAUUGAUAUUAGUGUGACAAACAGAGCUUAUGUUUGUUCAUUCAACAACACUGACAUUUGUAGAAAGAACAAGAUCUGAAAAGGUUCAUACAGCAAGAUGGGAUUUUGUUGUUUCAACAUGUUUAAAUAAUGUAGAUUAGACUAAUGAUUGUUGAGUUCAAAUUACAUGGUCAAGGCAAGCUGGUUGUACUUGAUUUGUUUAGAUGGAAUUUAGGUACCAAGAUAAAAUCAUGUUAAUCCAAUGAAUUAUUUUUUUGAGUGUACCGCAGGGCUCAGUCCUAGAACCUUUUCUGUUCCUCCUUUAUAUUCUUCCUCUAGGUGACAUAAUCAGGCAAUUCAGAGAUGUCUCCUACCAUUUUUAUGCGGAUGACAUCCAGCUUUACAGUUCUUUUAAACCGACUGAGCUUUAUAAACUGUCCUCAUUAACCGACUGCUUGACCAGCAUCAAGCAGUCUGUUGACGGACAACUACUUGCAGCUAAAUUCUGCUAAAACAGAAAUUCUAAUAGUUGCACCUGAUGAAACAGUUCCUGAAAGAGACUUAGGCUCAUUUGUUAAACCUAGUCUUGGGAAUUUAGGAGUCAUGUUUGACUUGACAAUGUCUCUGGAUCAACACUCAAAGCAGUUGACAAAGAAUUGUUUCUUUCACCUCAGGAACAUUGCCAAACUGAGAGCUCUAGUGUCAAAAGUUGAGUUAGAAAUGAUAAUUCAUGCUUUUAUUUCUUCUAGGUUGGAUUUUUCCAAGAGCCUUUUUACUUGUUUAAAUAAAAAGGAGCUUGGGCGUCUUCAAUCUAUACAGAAUGCUGCUGCUCGGCUUUUAAUUCACACUCACAAAAGAACACACAUCACCCCAGUCUUGUCAUCCCUCCAUUCAUUAGAAUUUACCCAUUCAUUUAGAAUUCAUUUUAAGAUUUUGGUCCUUACUUUUAGAGCUCUUCAUAAUCAAGCUCCCU